AUGUCCUCGCAACCACCUGCAAAUGCUCUUCUCAACAAGAGGAAGCAGACCAAAAGCCGCAAUGGAUGCAUCACAUGCAAAGCAAAGCGCUUGAAGUGUGAUGAGAAGAAGCCCACUUGCGACCAGUGUGCGCGACGUGUAGUGCCAUGCGGUGGCUACAAGAAAGACUUCAAGUGGAGGCCUUUCGAAGAGCCCAUCGUCAGGGGGAAAUCAAAUGCCAAGUCACGCAAAGACCACAUACCCACCUCUACCCACUCACCACCCCAAGACCACACCAGCACCCACGGCCACCAACAUGAUUUCACUAGUAGUAUAUCCCCCAAUCCACAUUUGCCCCAGCCUCAACCGCCCUACUACUUCAUGCAUGCUUCACCUACAGGCCCAUCAUUCCCUCAACCUUCAUUCGAACCACCAGAAGACUUGUCCGCCGCCCCAUCCGCAUCACCCUUCAUAACAGCACCUCAGUUGACAUCACCCGUCGACUCACACGCACAAGCAUCUCUUGCAUCAUGCAGUACGUUCGGGGCGGACAGCACAAGCACAGCACAAUCCCAGGGGACGGCCGAUUCCAGCAUCUUGUCUGGUCAAUCACCCCGUCUUGUAGAUCUUCUAAUGCCGGGAACAGACCUCAGUGUGCCACCAGAAGAAUACUCGUCGUUCCUAACUCAGCAUGAAGCCUUCUACCAGCCCACUGGUCUAACUCCACCAGCCCCAACCGACCAGGACGACGAUAACGAAGAACUAGUGUGCUACGCUCGCCAAGAUCUGGGAAACUGGGUUCUGCCACUGCCCUCGCCUGCAUCAUCCAGCUCAAGCACAUCUUCAUCAGACUCUCCUACCUGCCGAAUACCUGCUCAAAUACAGUUUUCUUCCUUUUCAGCAGAGUCUUUGUCACGUCGCUACCAUCGCGACACAUGCGGCGUGCUGUCUGUCAAAGAUGGUCCAACCGAGAAUCCAUGGCGAACCUUGAUAUGGCCUCUGACACGAGAAUGUCCUGCCCUUUAUCACGCAAUCGUCUCCAUGACAUCUUUUCAUCAGUCCAAGGACAUUCCCAUUCUGCGCAUCCAAGGAAUCGAUCAUAUGCGAAGUGCAGUUCAUGCACUGGCUGCAGGCCUACCAAACAUGCGUGUCGAUGCAGCCAUCUCCACCACCCUAGUACUGGCUUUUGCCGAGUCGUGGGACCAACAUAUCAGCACAGGCAUCAACCACAUCAAGGGCGCAAAGGUCUUGAUCAACCAAGCACUGAUACAACAUCGCCUAACACCCAUGAAGGGUGAGGAGUGGGCUCGCUUGAAAUUCCUUUGCAACGCCUGGAUUUACAUGGACGUCCUUGCUCGCUUGACAUCCACCGACGAAGAUGAGACAUACGAUGUCGACACUGUUCAAGAAAGCAUUUACGGCACCGGCGAGACCGACACGACCCUUGACCCGUUGAUGGGCUGUGCGCACACCCUGUUCCCGAUUAUUGGUCGCGUGGCAAAUCUUGUCAGGAAGGUGCGAAGGUCCAACAACAAUGGACCAACAAUCAUCUCGCAGGCUAUGCAGCUCAAGUACCAGCUCGAAGACUGGGCCCCACCUUCCUUCAUCGAAGACCCCGAGGACGAAACAACAAGCCCGCAUGACACGAUAAAAACCGCAAUCGCCUACCAAAAUGCAACGCUAUUGUAUCUGCACCAGGCUGUUCCGGAGAUUCCGUCACAGUCUUCGAGUGCGCUGGCAAAGAAGGUUCUGUGCGACUUAGCGACAGUUGACCCGCGCUCCCGAUCAAUCAUUGUGCACAUCUACCCCCUCAUGGCAGCUGGCUGCGAGGCCACCAAUCCCGAGGAGCGUGAAUGGGUCAAAGCCCGCUGGGAACUCAUGUCUUCACGCAUGAAGUUGGGAAUCAUAGAACGGUGUUUGGAAGUCACAAAAGAAGUAUGGAGUCGACGAGACGCAUCUGCCGCAGAGCGCAUGGCCAUGCAAGUGGAUGACAAGUGCGCGCAAAGCUUUUCGUCAUAUACACCUAUGCGAAAUGACGAGUUUGACUUGAUGGACGAGCUCAACUGGAGAGACACACGGCAGUGGGAGCAAACAUCAAAUUCCCAUUUGAGUUCAAUGGACCCAGAGGUUACAGUCAAGGGACGAUUGCAUUGGCUAGGAGUCAUGAAGGACUGGAACUGGGAGAUUUUGCUUGGAUGAUUUGCAGAAUCAUCAUAUUAUCCAUUGUAAUCAACCACCCGAUUGGCGUUUGGGCGUAAUGGGUCAUACGUAUUCAAGGUCAAUGAUAGUUCGGCAGGCCCAGGGGGCGUUCAGUAACACCUUUCAAUGGAUCACAAGAUCUGACAGGUUGCCGGAAAUAACCUGUUUUGCCAGAAAAAGUAAUGUUUUAGAACCUGCUGUUGCAGUAGCGAUGAAACUGUCUCCAGAACGUUACGCAAUUGGGUCAUUUCAAUAUGUACUUUCAGCAAGCCACACUAGAUAGCUCUUACGAUACACAAUCUCUUUCUUCUCUUCUCUCCGCCAC